UAUAUAAGAUGACAGAGGACGGGACUAGAGUGUGGAGAUCAAGAGGAGAUCAACUGGAGGUGAAGAUUAAGACUGGACUAGUCUGCUGUACUGUACAUUUCUGGAUCUGUUUUAGUGGACUCAGAGAGAACAAUGUUGAAACAAAAAGAUACUCCUGAGACUGUGCGUCUGUCUGACUCCAUCAAUGAUGAAGAGAUAAAAUACGUGACGGUGAGGAAGACUUUGAUUAAGAAGUGGCUGAACAGUCUGGAUAUCUACUGUGAACUAGAGGAUGUUCCUAACAUAGCAUUGCUGGGGUCAGGUGGAGGUGACAGGGCAGCAGUGAGCAUGCUGGGAUCUCUGCAUCAGCUAGAACAGGACAACCUGCAGGGCAGCCUCCUCUACAUGUGUGGAGUGUCAGGCACCACCUGGUGCAUGUCAUCCCUGUACAGCGAUCCAGAUUGGUCGCUGAAUAAGCGUUGUGAUGAGGUGAUAAAGAACAUGACGGGUCCUACGAUGGACUUGAAGAAGGCUGUGGACUGGCUGAUAAUGCGGAAAGACAGCGACCAGGACUUCAGCCUCACUGACUUCUGGGGCGUCUUCACUGCCUGCUAUUUCAUGAAUGAGAUGGACACUCGCCGUCUCUCUGACGAUGCUCACAGGGACAGCAUCAACCCCUACCCCAUCUACAGCGCCAUAGAACUGGACUGCUACAGACAGGAUGACACUAAAGCGGUAUGGUUUGAGAUGACCCCCCACGAGAGUGGCUUCUCCGGAUUGGGUGCUUUCGUCCCCACUUCCUGUCUCGGGAGCCGGUUUAAAGGCGGGACUCUGAUAGAGAAGAGCAUGGAAAUGGACAUGGUUCUGCUUCAAGGUAUCUGUGGGAGUGCCAUUGCAGACACAAAAGGGAACAUUGCUGAGGUAGCAAAAAAAAUCUGGGGCUUAUUUGAAGGGCACGAGAGCAUGAUGUUGAAAGAGAACAUGAAUAUGGUUGAGAGAAGCGGGAAGGUAAAGGUGUGUGAGUGUGUGCCCUCCCGAGUGGUGAGGUGUGUGUUUGAGCUGAUCAAGUACGCUGAGGACCCAGAUCCACUGAAGACAUGGAAAGUCAUCACCACACUGAGACAACUACUGGAAGGUCUUGUGAGCAGUAAGGGCGAGAUGCUGUGGAACAUGGACCCUGAGAGCUGGAAGAGAACCAGCCUGGUGGAGAGAAAGAAGUUCAUAGAGACAGUCAGUCUGGAGCACAUCCUCUCCUCAGACAGCUGGGCAAAAGACUGGAAGGACCAGCGCUGCAACUGCAACGAUUCAAUCUUUUGGAUUGUACUGAUCUUUUUCCAUCUGCUCAUUGAAUGGAAAUGGGGAACCACAUCCAACUUCCUCUUUGAGAUCAAAGAUGCUAGAGUUCCGGAGAGCAUGCGACUCAAAGAGAAGAUUCACCUGGUAGACGCUGCAUUAAAGAUCAACUCUCCCUACCCUUCCGUCCUGCGCACUUCGAGGAAGGUCGACCUCAUCAUCUCCUUGGACUUUAGCGAAGAAGACCCAUUUGAGACGGUGUUUAGUGCCAAACAGUACGCGGAUGAGCUGAAGCUUCCCUUUCCCCCAGUGAAUGACGAUAUAAGGAAGGAGAAAGACCAUCCUCAGGACUGCUACAUUUUUGAGGGGCAACACACUCCCACCAUCAUGCACAUGCCCCUGUUCAACCUGCAGAACUGCCAUGACGAGAACGAGAUUAAGAAGGAGAGGGAGAAGUACAAAACAUUCCAGCUUCACUACGGUGCGCCGGAGAUCGACCACCUCCUGAAGAAGGCCCAGGCCAACAUGAGGAACAACAGAGACAGGAUCCUGGGACAGAUCAUUAUGGCCAUCCAACGCAGAAAGAAGCGCAUGUCAGUGGCUCAAUAGUUUUUAUCAGUGGUGGAAAGUAUCUGUACUUUACUAUUAAUACUUGACAACUUUUACUUCACGACAUUCCUAAAGAAAAUAAUAUACUUUUUACUCUAUACAUUUUCUCUGACUGCCGAAAUUGGCUUGUUACAUUUUGAAUGCUUAGCAGAACAGAAAAAGUCUAAUGCAUGCACUUAUCAAGAGGACAUUCUUGUUCCUCCCUACUGCCUCUGAUCUGGCAGACUGAUUAGAAGCACCUGCUGUGCAUCGGUUGCUCACCUGUGUUCCCUACAAAUGCUGUCUUGAAUCAAAAGGAUUUGUACCUACACACUGGAGAAAGUUGCAGUGUCUGUGUACGUUAUCCCUAAUGCAGUGAAAAUAAUAAAAAUAAUAUACAAAAUUAAUUAAGCUUUAUGCGACAUCUUUUUGAGUUCGGACACAUCACACUCUUUGUCUGCUUCUGAGAGAGUGUGAUUGUCCCCUUUUUGAUUAGGACUCACUAAACACAUCCAUUGUUUGAUGUCUGAGUGUUGGCGUGUGCCCCUGGCUAUCUGUGAAAAAUAAAAUGGUGCCGUCUGGGUUGCUUAAUA